AUGAAAUCAUCCGCGUCCGGUUCAGGAGAAUCGCAAACUCAAAAAAGAAGUGUUAUUUGGAUGCAUUUCACCAAUAUAUCGGAAGCUAAUGCAAAGUCUAAUCUUUGUAAAAAUAUUUAUUCGCAUAAAAAUGGAAACAUUAGCAAUUUAAGGAAGCAUUUGAAAACUAAACAUCCGACUCUUUCAUUGGAAGGAGAAAGGGCAAAACGGCGGGUGGAAGACGAAAAUAUGCCUAGGUGCAAAAGGAACUUAGUUUCAGAUGAAAUAAUACAACUUAUGGUCCAGCAAACCAAUGUGCGUGCACGUGAAAUAAUAGCAAAUAAGAAACCACGAACAUCUUCCCGCUUUUCCAGAUGGCAUGACACCAAUGAAGAUGAAAUGGAAUUGUUUAUUGGAGUCAUUAUGCUAAUGGGAGUUAUCAAUUUUCCAACCAUUGAGAGCUACUGGAAAAAAGAUCCAAUGUAUUACCACGAGAUAUUUCACAAAAUCAGCUACAAUCGAUUUACACUACUCCUCAAAUGCUGGCAUUUUCAGGACAAUACACUUCCGUCCACCAGUAGGCUGGAUAAAAUAAAUCCAAUAUUGAGCAUCAUUCAAAACAACAUAAAAACUGUUUAUUGUCCUGGUGAUACUGUGGUGGUAGACGAAACAAUGGUGCCUUUUCGUGGACGUCUAAAAUUCAGACAAUAUAAUCCUUCCAAAGCUCGCUGCUCUUAUGGAAUCAAGUUGUACAAGGUAUGUACUCCAAAUGGGUAUACCUGGCAUCUAAAAAUAUAUGACAGUGUAUCAACCGCCAUUGAUGGGCUUGAUUUACCAGGAAGCACUGUAGUGGAAUUAGUGAGACCUCUUUUAAAUGAAGGCAGAAUGGUAAUUACUGAUAACUACUACACUAGCCUGCAACUUGCAAAAUAUCUCUAUGAUCGAAACACCCACCUAUUGGGAACAUUACGCAAAAAUAGGCGUGGUCUGCCAGAAGAAGUAAUUAUACACAAAUUACGCAAGGGCGAAAUAAUCUCAAGACAAAAUGGCUGUAUUACUGUUUCAAAAUGGAAAGACCAGCGUGACGUUCUUUUUCUCUCAACUGUUCAUGAUGAUGAAAUGAAAACUUGUGGAAAAAAAAGAAAUGGCGAAGAUAAGAUUAAACCUUCUGCCAUUUUGGACUACAAUAAAGGAAAACAAGGGGUGGAUAUAUCUGAUCAGUUUGCCAGCUACUACACUUGUCUGAGAAAGUCAUUGACAUGGUAUAAAAAACUCGCCAUAGAGAUUAUUUGUGGAACACUCGUUGUGAACACUCUGAUUAUAUAUAAUGAACAACGUCCAAAAAAAGAACAAGUAUCUCUUUUGCAAAUGAGACAAUCCCUAAUAAGCGAGAUGUUAAAAAGAAGAUCUAAUAACGAUGGCGGUUCUGGAGGCAAGACCAAAAAAACUACUCACAUACUGGAAGAACUGCCUAGAGAUAAUAACAAACUCUACAGAAAGCGUUGCCACGGAUGCUAUGGGAAACUGCGCGGAAACAAUUCGGCAUCAGAAUCUGCAAAAAAAGCUAAGAGGGUCAACACUAUCUGCAAAUCCUGCAAUCAAGCAUUUUGCGUGCCUUGCUUUGGAGAAAACCAUUAG